GUCAAGGUCAAUUUAAAAUUCCUUCGUGUGCGGACAUUAUGAUGUCCACUGUUUAGUGCUGUCUGUUAUUCAUAAAAACUGGCCAGAAGCAACAUACGAGAGCCAAAACUAGACAGACCAGUAGUGACUACUUGGAAAUAUAAUGAAUCUCCACCAAUGAGAAUUUAGACUUUACAAGGGUAAUCUACUUUAAAAAGACUUUUCUCUCUUGAUUUCAUCAUCAGAAACUUUUUGCUACUAUGAGCUAUGAUUACAACAAUGAUUAUGCAUAUUUUCUUUCUCCUCGAACUUAUGGAAACAUCAGAAAGUUCAUUGAGAUUAAGCGAACAUCUUAUUCGAAUGGAUAAAUUUGGAAGGUGUAAAUAUCCAUUGCCUAAAGUCGUCAACGUCUGGAGUGAAUUACCGGAAGAAUUACGAAGGGAAAAUGUUAAAUAUCGUCCAAAAUGUACCAUUUUAUAUCGAUGUUCCGACGAUUCAGGAUGCUGCAGCUUGGACUCGGAUCAUUGCGUUGCCGAGAAGAUGGAAGAAAUACAAUUGGAAUUUUAUGAAUUUUCAAUGGUAUUCGAUUCGAUUGUACAGAAAACGACCACUCUAACCUUUAGAAAUCAUACAACAUGCGAGUGCAGAAGAAGAAAUCAAACGGGACCAACGACGGUGACGUAAUGUAAUCAUAAUUAAAUCCUCUUACAGUUUUAUUAUUAUUAUUAUUAUUAUUAUUAAUUUUCUUCUCUUAAUUAUACAGCACUUUUAACUAUAGAAAAGUUCCUUCUAAAAUAGCUUCCCUGUUUAACGUGGGAGAUUCGCCAUGAAGUUAU